AUGGAACUCAACCGAGAACAUUUUCGCGCCAUAAUUUAUUACAAUUUUCAGAGACAUUUAUCGCAACAAGAAUGCCUUGCUGAGCUACUGUCUGUUUUCGGCAACGAAGCGCCACAUCAGUCGACAAUUUCCCGUUGCUAUGGAGAAUUCAAACGUGGACGGGCGAGUCUUAGCGACGAUCCCAGUGUGGGUGCACCAAAGGUCACCCAGGAAAACGUCGAUGCUGUGCGCAAACUCAUCAUUGAAGAUAGACAUAUGACAUGUCGGACGAUUAAGGCGUCCUUGAAGAUCUCAAAGACCUCAAUUCAAAAAAUGUUACAUGAAGAAUUAGGAGUAGGAGAAUUAGUUUCUCGUUGGAUACCCCACCUGUUGACUGAAGAGCAGAAAGCAGCCAGGGUUAAUUGGUAUCAAAAAACGCUUGACCGUUUCAAUUCCGCAAACUCAAAAAAUGUGUACAGCAUUGUUAGUGGUGAUGAAUCGUGGAUGCACAAUGCAAGCUCGCACACAGCCCAAAAAACAAGGCAGUAUUUAACGGAAGAAAACGUGGAAUUAUUGGACCAUUCUCCAUAUAGUCCCGAUCUAAGUCCUAAGGAUUUCUUUACUUUCCUGAAAAUUAAAAACAGACUGAGUGGUCAAGGUUUCCAGUCUCCAGAAGAAGCAGUUGACGCAUUCAAACAUGCCGUUUUGGAUCUGCCAGCAAACGAGUGGAAUGAUUGGUUCGAGCGCAUGCAUUUAAAAAUGGAACUCAACCGAGAACAUUUUCGCGCCAUAAUUUAUUACAAUUUUCAGAGACAUUUAUCGCAACAAGAAUGCCUUGCUGAGCUACUGUCUGUUUUCGGCAACGAAGCGCCACAUCAUCUUAGCGACGAUCCCAGUGUGGGUGCACCAAAGGUCACCCAGGAAAACGUCGAUGCUGUGCGCAAACUCAUCAUUGAAGAUAGACAUAUGACAUGUCGGACGAUUAAGGCGUCCUUGAAGAUCUCAAAGACCUCAAUUCAAAAAAUGUUACAUGAAGAAUUAGGAGUAGGAGAAUUAGUUUCUCGUUGGAUACCCCACCUGUUGACUGAAGGACAGAAAGCAGCCAGGGUUAAUUGGUAUCAAAAAACGCUUGACCGUUUCAAUUCCGCAAACUCAAAAAAUGUGUACAGCAUUGUUAGUGGUGAUGAAUCGUGGAUUUACUGUGAUGAAAAGCCAACAAAAGUCAUCCGUUCUCGAAGUGUUUCGAAAAAGAUGGUCGCGACAUUUGUGUCAAAAGCGGGUCAUAUUGCAACAAUUCCUCUUAAUGAGCAAAGAGCUGUUACUGCGGAUUGGUAUACCACCAUGUGUUUGCCAAAAGUCAUCACCGAGGUUCGAAAAAUCAACCGCGACAGAAGAAUCAUCCUCCACCCAGACAAUGCAAGCUCACACACAGCCCAAAAAACAAGGCAGUAUUUAACGGAAGAAAACGUGGAAUUAUUGGACCAUUCUCCAUAUAGUCCCGAUCUAAGUCCUAAGGAUUUCUUUACUUUCCUGAAAAUUAAAAACAGACUGCGUGGUCAAGGGUUCCAGUCUCCAGAAGAAGCAGUUGACGCAUUCAAAAAUGCCUGGAAUAAUUGGUUCGAGCGCAUGCAUUUGUGUAUUAAUCUUCGUGGAGAAUACUUCAAAAAACAAUAA